AUGGCUCCUCUCGAUUCCAUCGCAGUGGCCCUGCUCGGCUGCUUGUCCAGCGUUGUACUUGGAGCUCCAACCGCAACUAGCAAUGAGGCCCACCUUCUAGGAAAGCGUGCUGGUAUUAACGAUGUCGCCACUGGAUAUGCGAGUCAAAACGGAGGCACCAAGGGUGGUGCUGGUGGUACAACCACUACCGUCUCUUCAUACGCUGCAUUCACAGCCGCGGUCUCGGGCGAUUCAGCCAAAGUAGUCGUCGUGAGCGGUCCCAUCACGCAAACCGCGGAUCAGGUUCGUGUUGGAAGCAACACCAGCAUCCUCGGCAAGGACUCGAAGGCGAUAUUGACUGGCUUUGGCCUCUUGGUCAAAGAGAAGACCAAUGUCAUCAUCCGCAACCUGGGUGUGAAGAAAGUGCUUGCCGGCAACGGCGACGCUAUUGGUGUUCAGAAAUCGACCAAUGUGUGGAUUGACCACUGCGAUGUCUCCUCUGACAUGGAUCAUGGCAGGGAUUACUACGAUGGUCUACUAGAUUUCACCCAUGCUGCCGAUUACGUCACUGUCUCCAACACCUUCAUCCACGACCACUACAAAGCCUCUCUGGUCGGACACUCGAACAGCAACAGCGACGAGGACACCGGCCACCUGCACAUCACCCAGAACAACAACUACUGGUACAACAUUAACUCCCGCGCUCCUUCCUUCCGCUUCGGCACCGGCCACGUCUACAACAGCUAUUUCCUGGAUGUCGCCGACGGUGUGAACACCCGCAAAGGUGCCCAGCUUUUGGUUGAGUCGAACACUUUCGUUGGCAGCAAGAAGCCCCUCUACUCCACCGACUCGGGAUAUGCUGUGUCCAAAGACAAUGACUUUGGUGAUGCAUCGAACACUGCCUUGGAAGGCACCUUGACAUCUGUCCCUUACAGCUACAGCCUGCUCGGCUCGGCUAAAGUCAAGAAUGCCGUGGUUGGCACUGCUGGCCAGACCCUCACGUUCUAA